UGUUCUUUAUAGUGUUAUUGUUCUUUAUAGUGUUAUUGUUCUUCAUAGUGUUAUAAUAACACUAUGAAGAACAAUAACAGUUAUUGUUCUUCAUAGCUUUAUUCUUGACCCAUAAAGGGACUGUUAGGGUGACCGCGUGUGCGUGUGUGUGUGUGUGGCGCUACAUGUCUUUAGUCCCCUGACUUGUUGCUCCCCAGUCAGAUGCCUGUGGGGAACGUGAUCAUCUUCUCUUCAGCUGCGGACCAUCUGUCACCAUCAGUAUUCUGAAGAGGUUCAUGGACAUCACACCCCCCCACGGCGUUGGGCAAACACUUUCCCUUUGAUUUAUUGUGUGUGUGUGUCCACCGACCGAUCAAACAAUGCACCUUGAAAAACAUCAGCUUCGCCUUUCCCCCCCAAAAAUAUUUAACACGCGCAGUGAUAAAGUACGCCGCCAACCGUCCUGUGGACUACUUUUUUUUAAAGUAUGAUCUGCGGUGUAAAUUUGAAUAAGAGACGUCAUUGUUUUGAGUUUUUUUCAUUUGAGCUCAUCGUGAGCCGGAACUCAGCCGGUCAAGUCCGACCUGGUCUGGGUUACUUUCUGCUGACACACAUUCCCAGGCUCCCCUGAGAGAUGUCCACUCCUGACCCCCCGAUGGAAGGGACACCUCGGCCGGGACCCUCCCCAGGCCCAGGGCCAUCUCCAGGAGGCAUGAUUGGCCCGAGUCCCUCUCCCGGCUCGACCCACAGCAUGAUGGGGCCGAGCCCGGGACCUCCUGGGUCUGGACACCCGCACCCUCCACAGGGACCCUCGGGCUAUCCACAGGACAACAUGCACCCGAUGCACAAACCCAUGGAAGCCAUGCAUGAGAAGGGCAUGCCCGAUGACCCCCGGUAUGCUCAGAUGAAGGGCAUGAGACCAGGGGGACACAGUGGGAUGGGACCCCCUCCCAGCCCGAUGGACCAACACUCCCAAGGAUACGCCUCUCCACUGGGGGGCUCGGAGCACGCGCCCAGCCCCGUCCCAGCCAAUGGCCCCCCCUCGGGUCCCAUGAUGCCCGGUGGUCCCUCGGGUCCCAUGAUGCCCGGCGGUCCCUCGGGUCCCAUGAUGCCCGGCGGUCCCUCGGGCCCAAUGAUGCCCGGCGGUCCCUCGGGCCCCGGGCCUGGCCCUAUGGAGGGCAGCGGGGACUCAAACCAGGGAAUGGGUCAACCUAACCGCGGGGUCCCCCAGGGCCCGGGCGGACCCAGCGUUGCAGGAGGUGUACCCGGUGGGCCCGCGCCCUUCAACCAGAACCAGCUGCACCAACUCAGGGCUCAGAUCAUGGCCUACAAGAUGCUGGCGCGCAGCCAGCCGUUACCGGAUCACCUGCAGAUGGCCGUGCAGGGGAAGAGGCCCAUGCCCGGGAUGCAGCAACAGCCGAUGCCGCUCUCCGCGGGGCCCGGAGCGGUCCCGGGGCCCCCUCAGGCCAACUCCAACCGACCACACGGCAUGGUAGGUCCUAACAUGGUGCCUCCUGGACCUGCAGGAGUUCCACUGGAUAUGCAAGGCCCGCCUACCAAUGGACCCCCGAAAUCAUGGCCUGAAGGACCAAUGGUGAAUGCCGCCGCCCCCUCCAACCCACCACAGAAGUUGCUUCCUACCGGCAGACCCUCGCCCGCUCCCCCCGCCGCCUCCCCCGUGAUGCCCCCCCAGACACAGCCCGCCCAGCCGCCUCCCAUGAUGCUUCACCAGAAGCAGAACCGCAUAACCCCCAUCCAAAAGCCCCGCGGGCUGGACCCGGCGGAGAUCCUCCAGGAGAGAGAGUACCGGUUACAGGCUCGUAUUGCUCACCGUAUCCAGGAGCUGGAGAACCUGCCCGGCUCUCUGGUCGGUGACCUGCGCACCAAGGCCACCAUCGAGCUCAAGGCCCUGAGGCUGCUCAGCUUCCAAAGACAGCUGCGUCAGGAGGUGGUGGUCUGCAUGCGGCGCGACACCGCGCUGGAGACAGCCCUCAACGCCAAGGCCUACAAGCGCAGCAAGCGGCAGUCGCUGCGUGAGUCCCGCAUCACCGAGAAGCUGGAGAAGCAGCAGAAGAUCGAACAGGAAAGGAAACGUCGCCAGAAACACCAGGAAUACCUCAACAGCAUCCUGCAGCACGCCAAGGACUUCAAGGAGUACCACCGCUCCAUCAUCGCGAAGCUCCAGAAGGCCACCAAAGCCGUCGCCAACUACCACGCCAACACUGAGCGCGAGCAGAAGAAAGAGAACGAGCGCAUCGAAAAGGAGAGGAUGCGGAGGCUGAUGGCUGAAGAUGAAGAAGGCUACCGUAAACUCAUCGACCAGAAGAAAGACAAGCGCCUGGCCUACCUCCUGCAGCAGACGGACGAGUACGUGGCCAACCUCACCGACCUGGUGCGCGCCCACAAGGCCGUGCAGGCUCUCCGGGAGAAGAAGAAGAAGAAGAAGAAGAAGAAAAAGAAGCCAGCGGCUCAGGAGGGCGGCUCCAGCUCCCUGGGACCUGAUGGAGAGCCGCUGGAUGAGACAAGUCAAAUGAGCGACCUUCCGGUGAAGGUCAUCCACAUCGACAGUGGGAAGAUCCUGACGGGGCUGGAGGCACCGAAGGCCGGCCAGCUGGAGACCUGGCUGGAAAUGAACCCCGGGUACGAAAUAGCGCCGCGCUCCGACAGCGAGGAGAGCGGCUCGGAAGAAGAGGAAGAGGAGGAUGAAGAAGAGGAGCAACCUCAUUCCUCUGCGACUAAAGUGGUGGUGGUGGAGGAGAAGAAGAAGAUUAUUUCCAACCCCGAUGAAGUGGACGUCGAUAACACCGAUAACGCCAAGCAGGACGUCGAUGACGAGUACAGCGACGCAAGCUUCAACCGCGGCCUGCAGUCGUACUACGCCGUGGCCCACGCCGUCACGGAGACGGUGGACAGCCAGUCCUCGCUGCUCAUCAACGGGCAGCUCAAGCAGUACCAGAUCAAAGGCCUGGAGUGGUUGGUGUCGCUCUACAACAACAACUUGAAUGGCAUCCUGGCAGACGAGAUGGGCCUGGGCAAAACCAUCCAGACCAUCGCCCUCAUCACUCACCUCAUGGAGCACAAGCGCGUCAACGGGCCCUUCCUCAUCAUUGUACCGCUCUCAACUCUUUCAAACUGGGUCUUCGAGUUUGAUAAGUGGGCCCCGUCCGUCGUUCAGAUCUCCUACAAGGGGUCUCCAGCUGCUCGCCGCGCCUUCAUUCCCAUCCUGCGCAGCGGCAAGUUCAACGUGCUGCUCACCACGUACGAGUACAUCAUCAAAGACAAGCAGGUGCUCGCUAAGCUUCGCUGGAAGUACAUGAUCGUGGACGAGGGCCACCGCAUGAAGAACCACCACUGCAAGCUGACCCAGGUCCUGAACACGCACUACCUGGCCCCGCGCCGCGUGUUGCUCACCGGCACGCCGCUGCAGAACAAGCUGCCCGAGCUCUGGGCGCUGCUCAACUUCCUGCUGCCCACCAUCUUCAAGAGCUGCAACACAUUCGAGCAGUGGUUCAACGCCCCCUUCGCCAUGACCGGCGAGAAGGUGGACCUGAACGAAGAGGAGACCAUUCUGAUCAUUCGCCGUCUACACAAAGUGCUCCGGCCGUUCCUGCUGCGCCGACUCAAGAAGGAAGUCGAGGCUCAGCUCCCCGAGAAGGUGGAGUACGUGAUUAAGUGCGACAUGUCAGCCCUGCAGAGGGUUUUGUACCGACACAUGCAGGCUAAGGGCGUGCUGCUCACAGACGGGUCGGAAAAGGACAAAAAGGGUAAAGGUGGCACGAAGACCCUGAUGAACACGAUCAUGCAGCUGAGGAAGAUCUGCAACCACCCGUACAUAUUCCAUCAAAUUGAGGAGUCUUUCUCCGAGCAUCUCGGCUACUCUGGUGGAGUCGUGAGCGGCGCCGACCUGUACCGCUCCUCUGGGAAGUUUGAGCUGCUGGACCGCAUCCUGCCCAAGCUCCGAGCCACGGACCACAAAGUGCUGCUCUUCUGUCAAAUGACCACGCUCAUGACCAUCAUGGAGGACUACUUCGCCUACCGCAGCUUCAAGUACCUGCGUCUGGAUGGGUCCACCAAGGCAGAGGACCGCGGCAUGCUGCUGAAGACGUUCAACGACCCGGCCUCGGAUUACUUUGUGUUCCUGCUCAGCACCCGGGCCGGAGGCCUGGGCCUCAACCUGCAGUCAGCCGACACCGUCAUCAUCUACGACAGCGACUGGAACCCACACCAGGACCUGCAGGCCCAGGACCGAGCCCACCGCAUCGGCCAGGUGAACGAGGUGCGCGUGCUCCGCCUCUGCACCGUCGACAGCGUGGAGGAGAAGAUCCUGGCGGCCGCCAAGUACAAGCUGAACGUGGACCAGAAGGUCAUCCAGGCCGGCAUGUUCGACCAGAAGUCGUCCGGCUGCGAGCGCCGGGCCUUCCUGCAGGCCAUCCUGGAGCACGAGGAGCAGGACGAGGUCGGCGCGCAGGAAGGCAGCAAGGCCCGAGGCCAGUGGGAGGAAGACGAGGUGCCCGAUGAUGAAACCGUCAAUCAGAUGAUCGCCAGAAGUGAAGAGGAGUUUGAACAGUUCAUGCGCAUGGAUCUGGACCGACGCCGCGAGGAGGCGCGCAACCCCAAGAGGAAACCCCGCCUGAUGGAGGAGAACGACAUGCCCAGCUGGAUUCUGAAAGACGACGCCGAGGUGGAGCGGCUGACGUGCCAAGAGGAGGAGGAGAAGCUGUUCGGCCGCGGGUCGCGCCAGCGCAAGGAGGUGGACUACAGCGACUCGCUCACGGAGAAGCAGUGGCUCAAGGCCAUCGAGGAGGGGAAUCUGGAGGACAUCGAAGAGGAGGUGCGCCACAAAAAGACGACCAGGAAGCGCAAGAGGGACCGCGACUACGACGGCCCGGCCACGCCCGGCUCCAGCAGCGGGCGCGGCGGCGGGCGCGACAAGGACGACGACGGGAAGAAGGCGAAGAAGCGCGGCCGGCCGCCCGCCGAGAAGCUCUCGCCCAACCCCAUGUCCCUCACCAAGAAGAUGAAGAAGAUCGUCGACGCCGUCAUCAAAUAUAAGGACGGGACGAACGGCCGCCAGCUGAGCGAAGUCUUCAUCCAGCUGCCGUCCCGCAAGGAGCUGCCCGAGUACUACGAGCUCAUCCGCAAGCCGGUGGACUUCAGGAAGAUCAAGGAGAGGAUCCGGAGCCACAAGUACCGCGGCCUGAACGACCUGGAGAAGGACGUGAUGCUGCUCUGUCAAAAUGCCCAGACGUUCAACCUGGAGGGCUCUCUGAUCUACGAGGACUCCAUUGUGCUGCAGUCCGUCUUCACCAGCGUGCGGCAGAAGAUCGAGAAGGAGGACGAGAGCGAAGGAGAGGAGAGCGAGGAGGAGGAGGAUGACCUGGACGAAGGCUCCGAGUCUGAAUCUCGCUCGGUGAAGGUGAAGAUCCGGCUGAGCCGGAAAGAAAAGGGGGAUCGAGGAGGGAAAGGACAGCGGCGGAGGGGCCGCGGCUCCCGGGCCAAACCGGUGGUGAGCGACGACGACAGCGAGGAGGAACAGGAAGAGGAGCGCUCGGCCAGCGGCAGCGAGGAGGACUGAGGAGCGCCGCUCCCAUCGGCCGGCGGCAGCGAGGAGGACUGAGGAGCGCCGCUCCCAUCGGCCGGCGGCCCGCUGAGCCCCUUGACUGGACUUUAUAUAUUUUACUUAGAUACAGCAGGGAGACAGUCGGUGGCUUAGUUUUACUAGAUGAGCUGAUUUUUCGUGAGACUAUUGUAUUCUCAUUAAAGUAUACCAUUCAUUCAAAAGAAACUAUUAAAAUACAGAAAAACACUAAAAUAUGAAAGCUAUGAACCAUUCCCUUCCAUAUUUAAACCACGCUCCCAGUUUGAAUGGUCGUGGCUCUUUGCCUCCUUUUCUUUCCUCCUGUCAGUGGAACAUUGACAGCGCCUGAGUUAUCGACUGAUCGUGGGCCAUAAAGACAGCUAACUGUGUUCUUUGUUUUUUUUAAGUGGUCUUCAUUUUGUCGUCGUUGACUUUGAGACGACGCGUGUGAACCAGGAGUCACGGCGUUCCCUCAAGUCCUUUUUUUAAUUUUUUUAAAAACUUUUAUUUUGAAUGCAUGUCGUGCGUGUCUGUGGAAAAGCACCUGUGUGUGUGCGUGUGUCUUCGCUAUUAUCUCUGUUUAAUUUAAGACUACAAGCGGGAUCACGGUGCCCCCCGCCCUGCAGCCCCUCCCUCUCAGGUCGUGUAUGUAAAGGAGGAGGAAGGGAUAGGACCAUUUUUCUUGUGUCGAUGUCACUGGAUUCCAAAAAGUACAAUAAAGGCAUCUCAUCAUUCA